AUGCUGUAUGCACCACAACGGCGUCAUGCUGUUGCAUCGCUCGCGACCACAGCACAUGCGUUAUGUCUCCUUCAACAUUUUCAUUCUCCGAAUCUCCUCAUACUGCUCGCUAGAAUAUUGGCUCAAAUACAAAUCAACGCAUGCGCAUUCGUACAUCCUACGAGAAGUCUAUUGACUCUAACAUUAAUGUUGAUUUUGAUGAACGUCACUUCUGUAUUCUUACAUCUACUAGACUUCGUUGGUGGGAUGAAUGAUGGUAAAGGCUUGGUAUUAGAUUUUGUUGGAGUUAAUCCAGCAAAUCCAGCUUCAUUAACAAGGAUACUACUUCUUGAUUUAUUAUUGUUCGUAAUCCAAUUGAUUGGAUUAUGCGUGUCAUACGUAACCCAUUCGACAAACUUACCCGUAUCAUCUUCUUUCCCUUACGACGAUCUACUGCUUCCCCCUUCUAGGACCCAGAACACCGUCAAUAUAUCAAGCACGCUAUUUGAAGAUGAAGUUGAAGAAGACGAUGAAGGUGAUGUCGAAUCUAGUCAGUCCGGUCUCGGAACAGCGAUAGGGCUUGGCAUUGGAAGGAGAAGGUUUCGCCAAAAGAAGGGCAAUAGAUAUGAAUCGAUACGAGGUGAUGAGGAAGAAAGGGAAUUAUGGUUGAAUGACAAUGGUAACCACGAAGGAGGGCAAUCACAACCAUGUAAGUACCUUUUCUAUUAUAGUGAUCAUAUAGUAAUCACCGAUGGCCAACAUAUACUUACUUCAUAUAGCCAGAUAAGAAUAACAGAACCGCCUUUGAUAUUCUCACUACCACUUCGACACAUUUUAUCACUGAUAUUCAAACUACCUUCGCCGUUGCCGCCUCCAAGAGCUUUUUCGGGUGGGACACCCAUCUCGACACCACCCAUAACACCUCCAGUAGUUCCGUUAGCCAGAAUGCCAGAUAUUGUUGACGGUGAUCUACAUGAGACUAGCUCAGAAGUGCGUAGAGAGGGCUUGGGCUUGCAUGGCGUAGGUGCAGAAUCGGAAGAAGGAUUAGGUAGGAUACCGGGGGAAUAUAGACGUGAAAACAACCAGGUCGGUUGA